AUGGAUCAGCUCGACCGGAGUGAUACUUCCUACGACCUCAUAGAAAACGGGCUAGAUACAACCACAGCUUUGUUUCGCCGUCUAACGAGCCUUGUUCGAAAGCAGGCUUUUUUAAAUGCUUUCUGUGCUUACGACAUUCUUCAAUCCAGUAUUAAAUACGCAAGUACUGGCAUCCCGCCAGAACCAGCUGGUAAGGUUCGUCUUUGCAAACAGUUUACAACGAUUGGAAAGGCUUUGAACUCAAAUGCGGACAAAUUUAUUGAGUAUGGCGACAAAGUUACUGUUGUGGGCAUAGACGAUAUCGGAAUUGCAAUUGUGUACACUCUGCUGGCCCAGGGUAUCACAAACAACAUAUGUAUGAUUGAUAUGAACGAAGAAGUUCUGGAAGGUGAACAUUUAGAUCUGCAGUCGAGCGCUUUCUUUCUGAACAACCCGAAGAUAGUUUCAAGCAAAGAUCCUUGUGAGUCUCGAGACUCUAAAGUAUGUAUCGUCACCACGGGGACUUUCAAGGGCAGGGACGAAGAUGAUUUGGACUACGUAACUCGGAAUGCGGGCAUCGCAAGAGCUAUUGUUACGCCUCUGGCAAACUACAGUCCGAAUGCAAUUUUCAUACUGGCAAGCGAACCAGUGGAUAUCCUCUGUUACGUCACGUGGAAGUUACUUGGUGUGCCGAAGAAUCGGAUUAUCGGCACCGGCACCUUGAUGGAUACGGCUCGUUUUCGAUACCUGCUGAGUGAUAAAUUCGGAGUCUCCCCAGAUUCCUGCCAUGCGUACAUUAUUGGCCAGCAUGGACCACAUUUCAGUGUCCCAGUAUGGUCCAGCGUUAACGUAGCUGGUGUACUCCUAAAAGACCUGAAUCCUCAGAUUGGUUCCGAUAAGGACCCUGAGUGUUGGUUCGAGCUGUAUAACGACGCAGUGAACGCUGAGAACCUCGUGCGUAACCUCAAGGGCUGCGUCACAUGGUCUCUGGCUCUGGGCGUGGCUAAUAUAUGCAAAUGUAUAUUUAAUAAUUCUAACAAAAUACUCCCUGUUUCCACCUAUGUUAAGGGCGAACACUCGAUUAAAGACGAAGUUUUCCUGUCCCUCCCUUGCGUGGUUGGCGCAAACGGAGUCACAAACAUCAUCAGACAAAAUCUGACUGAACACGAAACGACUGUUUUGCGUCGUGGUGCGGAAAAUACUGCCGAACUGCAAAUGGCUACUAAGAAAAUAAUAUCAUAA